AUGAAACGACUCAAAAGAUAUGAUUUGGAAGCAGCCGUUGCUCGUGUACGUCAAAUACCACAACCUUACCGCGCUACGUUAAAAGGUCCAACCAGUGUUAGAAAAAUAUUUCGUAAGCAAGAAGAUGCCAUUAACUUUGCCAAGCAGUUUGGUCAGGAGAUGAUGGUUUUUAGUUAUGAAAGCUUAUCUCUUGGGAAUGAAGGUCAGCGCUUAUUUUUAGCUUGUGGUGUUCAGUCGUUCUUUCACACCUACAAACAAAUGGUACCUUCUUCGCGUUGUCACUAUGAGGUAAUUAUGGUAGAUAGACCAGCUAAAUUGUAUUUGGAUUUAGAAUUUUGUAGAUUAUCCAAUGAAAAUAAAGAUGGGGAAGUAGCUGUUGAUACAUUUUUAAAGGCUUUGUGUGCUUGUAUUCAAUUCUUCUAUGAUAUAACUAUUAAACCUAGUGAAAUAUUUAUACUGGAUGCAAGCACUUCAAAGAAAUUUAGUCAACAUGUCAUAAUCAACAAUAAGAAUCUGGUAUUUCACAACAAUUUAGAACAAGGUCAAUUAAUUCGUCUACUUUGUAAAAGUCUAUCACAAUAUAGUUUAUUAAAUACUGAUUUUCAAUAUACAAAUGAAUGUUCAGAUUGUUCAAAUCAAAUUAAUCAGCUGAUACAAAAUAUAUUUCCUAAGAUUCCACUAACCAAUAAUGAUGCUAGAAAUUGUUUUGUUUUACCUAAUAAAUUCAAACAAUCCAUUUCAUUAUCGAAUGAAUUAUUAUGGAUUAGUGUAUGUGAUCUAGGCGUGUAUACACGUAAUCGUAAUUUUCGUUUAGCUGGAUCAUGUAAAUUAUCUGGUAGUGGAUUAUUAUUACCAAAUUAUGUAAACAAUAAAAAUCAACAAUUUUCAUGUAUAUGGUCAAAUUGGCAAUCUUGGGCACGGUAUCUUGUUAGUUAUACUGAUGAACAGUGUUCAAAUUUUAUUCAUCGACCAGUGAAAAAUUGUUAUUGUAAUAAAAAUGAUAACAAUUUACUUAAUUAUUUACCAAUGACUAAUAACAUCACUAAUUCUGAUCAUGUUUAUAAAUUCGUUCAUGAAAACAAUGCAAAUAUUUCUCUUCAGUCAUUCCCAUUGACGCUUAUUGCUUUUAUAAAAAAAAUUAUUCAAGAAUGGUUUAAUCGUGGAUUACCGGAUGGAAGCAUCAAUAAUAAUGUAUUGUUCAGCGUGGAAAAUCAAAUCAAAGUAAUUUCUUUCAAUGAAGGCAAAUUAAUUGUAAAAGUAGAGAAAUUACGUUUCUGUGAACGAAUCAACCGUUCGCAUAAAAGUAAUCAUAUUAUUUUAAUCUUUGAUCUUAUCAAUGGUUGUUAUUAUCAGAAAUGUUUAGAUCCUGACUGUCGAUUGGUGGAUUUUCGUUCAUCUAGUAUGCCAAUACCUUCUGAUUGUCUCAGUAUAACUUUUGCACAUCACCAAGAUGAAAAUGUAAUGCAAAUGCAUGAGAACAAUUCAACGCAUAAAGAUGAAUAUUUCAGUGCUGUUACAACUCCUGAAGAUCUUAUGCUUAGUUCUAUAUUGGAUAAUUUACAAAAUUAA